AUGAGUCACACCCGCACCAUUCCCGCACCGGCCUCGGCCGCCGACGUCGACGAGUGGACGCCCGACUCGUGGAGGUCCAAGCCCAUCCGGCAGGCGCCCGACUACCCGGACCCGGCCGCCCUCUCCAAGUCGCUGUCCGAGCUGAGGCGGCUGCCGCCCAUUGUGCACCCGCGCGAGAUCGCCCGGCUCAAGGCCCACCUCGGCGAUGUGGCCCGCGGCGAGGCCUUCCUGCUGCAGGGCGGCGACUGCGCCGAGCUCUUCGACUACUGCGAGCAGGGCGCCAUCGAGUCCAAGAUCAAGCUGCUCCUGCAGAUGAGCCUGGUGCUCAUCUGGGGCGCCGACAAGCGCGUCGUCCGCAUCGGCCGCAUGGCCGGCCAGUACGCCAAGCCCCGCUCCAGCCCCAUGGAGACGGUCGACGGCCGCCAGGUGCCCUCGUUCCGCGGCGACAUCCUCAACGGCUUCCACCUCGACGAGCGCGACCUCGACCCCUCCCGCCUCGUCCGCGCCUACCACCACUCGGCCGCCACCCUCAACUACAUCCGCGCCGCCAUCUCCUCGGGCAUCGCCGACCUGCACCGGCCCCUCGACUGGGGCCUGGGCCACGUGCGCGACCCCCUCCUCAAGGCCAAGUACUCCGAGGCCGUCAGCUUCCUGACCGACAUGCUCCGCUUCAUGCACACCGUCGGCGCCGACAAGACCGACAAGCUCGACACGGUUGACCUGUUUACGAGCCACGAGGGCCUGCUGCUGGACUACGAGCAGAGUCUGACUCGCCUGCUGGACAACCCCCUCCCCCCUUCUCCCGCCGCCGCUGCCGCCGCCCGCCCCGCUAAGGAGUACUACGACACGUCGGCGCACUUUCUGUGGAUCGGCGACCGCACGCGCCAGAUCGACGGCGCGCACGUCGAGUUCUUCCGCGGCAUCGCAAACCCCAUCGGCGUCAAGGUCGGGCCGACGACGCCCGCGUCGGACCUGCUGGCGCUGCUGCGGCGGCUCAAUCCGUCGCGCGAGGCCGGCAAGAUCACGUUGAUCACGCGGUACGGCGCGGGCCAGGUCGCAUCGCUGCUGCCGGGCCACAUCCGCGCCGUCGAGGACAGCGAGUACGCGCGCACCGUGGUGUGGCAGUGCGACCCCAUGCACGGCAACACGCAGAGCGUGGGCGCGGCCGGCGUGAAGACGCGCGCCUUCAGCGACAUCUUCAGCGAGCUGCAGCAGACGCUGCGCAUCCACAAGGAGCAGCGCAGCUUCCUGGGCGGUGUCCACCUCGAGCUGACUGGCGAUGCCGUCACCGAGUGCCUCGGCGGCAGCGAGGGCCUCGACGAGGACGACCUCUCCACAAACUACACCAGCUUCUGCGACCCGCGCCUCAACGAGAAGCAGGCCCUCGAGCUGGCCUUUCUGAUCGCCGACCACUACCGCUGCGAGCGCAAGGAUAAGGACGGCGCCCCGCCGCCGCCGCCGGCGUGA